AUGGAUGAAAAGGUAGCCUUUCACAUCCACCACACCGCAGAUCACUUUGCAUAUCUCAAGCAUGCAUUCGGAACCGUUCCAGACUCAGCCCGUGAUGAAUUCGCGUUUGGGGAUCUCAAGGCAGCCCUCAAGACCUGUGGCUUCAAAACCAAAACGGUUGCCCACAUGUGCCAACUUUUGGCCGCAAUCCUUCACCUAGGAAAUGUUCAAUUCGUCGAUGCCAAUAAACACCACUUUGGAGGCGGGACUUCAUCGUCCUUUUCAUCACAGGAAUCAUGUAGAGUCAAGAACAAAGAUACCCUCUCACUUGUCGCAGCGGCCCUGGGAGUAGCUACAGCAAAACUCGAAAACACAUUGACCCACAAACUCAAAUUGAUCGGCAAGGAGUUCUGUACGGCUUUCCUGACUGUCGAGACCGCAACCGAGCAGCGAGACUCCUUAGCCCGAGCUCUUUACACCGUGCUUGUGCUCUGGAUCGUCGACACUCUCAACCAAAAACUGAGU